UCUCCGCGCUCCUCCUCCCGCGGGUGCGAGCUGUCAGCCGGGCGGGCCGGCUCCGUCAUAUGACCGGCCGGCGGCCGCGGCCCCGCACCUCCCGUCCGCUGCAGCGGUCCCGCGCUCGCGCCCCUCCGGGCGGCCGCGCCCCCGUCGCCAUGGCCCCGCCGCGGCCGCCGUGGGCUGCGCGCUGAGCCGCCGGGUCCCCGAGCGUGGCCGCCCGCGUGCACGCCAUGGCCCCGACCCUGCUCCAGAAGCUCUUCAACAAAAGGGGCGGCGGCGCGGCGUCCGCCCAGGCCCGGCCGCCCAAGGAGGAGCCUGCCUUCAGCUGGUCGUGUUCGGAGCUUGACCUGAGUGAUAUUCGCCUGAUAGUGUACCAGGACUGUGAGAGGAGAGGCAGACAAGUCAUGUUUGACUCCAGAGCUGUUCAGAAGACGGAAGAGGCCGUAGCUCAGAAAGCAGAGGAUGUCCCUGUUAAAAUGUCAGCCAGGUGCUGUCAAGAGAGCGGGAGUGUCAGCAGCGGCAGCAGCGGCGGCAGCAUCUCUUCCCAGAGCUCUGGAGGAUCUUUCCAGCAUGCUAAGGAGCAGCUCCCAAAGUACCAAUACACGAGACCAGCUUCCGAUGUCAACAUGCUUGGGGAAAUGAUGUUCGGCUCUGUUGCCAUGAGUUACAGAGGCUCCACCCUGAAGAUACACUACAUACGUUCUCCUCCACAACUGAUGAUUAGUAAAGUCUUUUCUGCUAGAAUGGGUAGCUUCUGCGGAAGCACAAAUAACCUGCAGGACAGCUUCGAAUACAUCAACCAGGAUCCUCAGGUUGGAAAACUGAACAUGAAUCACAACAGUCUGGGUCCUUGUCGCACUGGAAGUAACCUAGGUCUGCUGCAGGCAUGCAGUGGCAAGCUGCUGCAGGGGGUGUCCGAAGGAGGACCGCUCCGGCUCACCCGCAGCGCUUCUUUCUUUGCAGCCCACAGCACACCAGUCGAUAUGCCAAGCAGAGGCCAGAGUGAAGACAGGGACAGCGGCAUUGCCCGAUCAGCUUCACUGAGCAGCCUUUUGAUCACACCCUUCCCGUCCCCAAGCUCCUCUGCAUCCUCCUCCAGCAGUUAUCAGCGCCGCUGGCUUCGAAGUCAGACAACAAGUUUGGAAAAUGGCAUCUUUCCAAGGAGGUCCACUGAUGAGAUGUUCAGCUUGGCUGACGAAAGCUGUAGCUCUAAUCCAGCCAUAGUUAGGAGGAAGAAAAUUGCCAUCAGCGUCAUCUUUUCCUUGUGUGAGAGAGAAGCAGCACAGCAGAACUUCCAGGACUUCUUUUUCUCCCACUUCCCCCUGUUUGAAUCCCACAUGAACAGGCUCAAGAGCGCCAUUGAAAAGGCCAUGAUCUCCUGCAGAAAGAUAGCAGAAUCAAGUCUCCGUGUCCAGUUUUACGUGAGUCGUCUGAUGGAGGCACUGGGAGAAUUCAGGGGGACUAUCUGGAACUUGUAUUCUGUUCCAAGAAUAGCUGAACCAGUAUGGCUCACCAUGAUGUCGAGCACGUUGGAAAAAAACCAGCUCUGCCAGCGCUUUCUCAAGGAAUUUAUACUUCUGAUUGAGCAAGUCAACAAAAACCAGUUUUUCGCUGCCUUAUUGACUGCGGUGUUAACAUACCAUUUGGCCUGGGUACCAACUGUGAUGCCUGUUGAUCACCCUCCCAUUAAAGCCUUCUCGGAGAAGCGUACCUCUCAGUCGGUGAACAUGCUGGCCAAAACACAUCCGUACAAUCCUCUCUGGGCACAGCUGGGUGACCUUUAUGGAGCUAUAGGCUCUCCAGUGAGACUGACCCGCACAGUGGUGAUUGGAAAGCAGAAGGAUUUGGUCCAGCGCAUCCUUUAUGUUCUGACCUACUUUCUCCGUUGCUCCGAGCUACAAGAGAAUCAGCUGACCUGGAGUGGGAAUCCUAGUGAAGACGACCAAAUUAUAAAUGGGAGCAAGAUUGUAACAGCCCUGGAAAAAGGAGAGGUGGAGGAAUCUGAGUAUGUGGUAGUUACGGUGAGAAAUGAGCCUGCUCUUGUCCCGCCAAUCCUACCACCAGUGACUGCUGGAACAGGGAGCGCAGAGCCUAGAGGAGCAGCUGAGAUCCCGGAAGGCACUGAUACCAGUGAGCUGGGUCACAAACCUGACAGAAACAGAUGCAAGAGGCCAGAACAGAGUUCUGAGGCCAGUAGCAUGGGGUUCCAAGAGGCAGAACCUGACAGUUCGUGGACACCUCAAGGCAUAGUCUGUAAGGACAAACAGAAUGACCAAGAGGCACCCCAAGAUGACUCUUCAAGACCUCCCAGCUCUGAGGUUCCCAGGGUAAGACGAAGGAUGGACCCACAUGCUGUCCAUGAGGAGCUGCAUGGGGAGCUGCUAAAGAAACCAGCUGACAGGUCAGCAGCGUGGCCCUGCCCUGACAGACAUUCCCAGGAGGAUCCUCCUGUUGAAAAGGUCACCUUCCAUAUUGGAAGCUCUGUCUCACCAGAGGCCGACUUUGAAAGCCGCACCAAAAAAAUGGAGGAGCGGCUAAAGACCUGUGGACAGUUUUGUGGGACCAGUGCCUCUCUCAGUCCGAGCGUGGACACUGGCCUGACUCAAGACCAGCAGGACUCUAGGUGUUGCUCCAAAGCUGACUUUCAAAAGGACAAUGCCCUUCCUGAGGACCAGUCCUCGGGAGGAGAAGGCGUCUCUGAGGACAGAGGCCUCCAAGCCAACAUCAUGGCAUGUGCUGGGGAACAACUUAGCCUAGCUCAUGGCCACCCUGCACCUUCCAGCUGUGUGGCAGACGGUGGCCAGAGACCACUGGAGCACACUGGAGAUUUGCAAUGCCAAGGCAAGAAAAGACCUUUGUCACAGCAUGUAAACAGAUAUAGACAGCAGCAUGGUCUGCUGGGUGCUGCAGAUGUCCCCUGUGGGGAUGCCAGUGGUAAGGCCAACUUCAGGAUCGAAGGAGACAUUCCCAGGAAUGAAAGCUUGGAUAGUGCUCUCGGAGACAGUGAUACUGAAGCGUGUGCUUUUGCCCUGCUAGGCCUAGGUCCCAGUUGUGACAGGACUGAAGGGUCCUUGGAAGUGGAGCUGCCUCUGCCAAGGUCUCAGAGCACCAGCAAGCCAAAUGUCAGAAAUUUUGCCCGCUCGCUUCUGGCGGGUUACUGCGCUACGUAUAUGCCUGAUUUGGUGCUGCAUGGCACCGGCAGCGACGAGAAGCUGAAGCAGUGCCUGGCGGCUGACCUGGUCCACACGGUGCAUCACCCAGUGCUUGAUGAGCCCAUAGCCGAGGCCGUCUGUAUCAUUGCAGACACAGACAAAUGGACUGUCCAGGUGGCCACGAGUCAGAGGAAAGUGAUGGACGCCAUGAAGCUGGGCCAGGAUGUCUUGGUCUCUAAUCAGGUGUCCUGUUUACUGCAGUCCAUUUUACAGCUCUAUAAGCUUCACCUUCCUGCCGACUUCUGCAUCAUGCAUCUGGAAGAUAGACUACAGGAGAUGUACCUUAAAAGUAAAAUGCUUUCCGAGUAUCUCCGGGGACACACACGUGUGCACGUGAAAGAACUGAGUGUGGUGCUGGGGAUUGAAUCUAACGACCUGCCUCUGCUGACCGCGAUUGCCAGUACUCAUUCUCCUUACGUGGCGCAGAUCCUCUUAUAACCAACUUCAGGACAGUUCUUGGAAAAGAAUCCGAAAGGAGUAAGCUCUCAGUGACGGCGAAGCUGCUGAAGCUGCUGAGGAGUGGCUGUCUCAACGGGAGCCUGUUUACUCGAUGCAGUGGCAAUUUGUGAUUGUUCAGAGUUCUCCGAGCCACGGUUUCCCAGGAAUCAAAAGAAAGUGACCUUUCUGGUGGGAGGCAAACGUAGGCACUACAGUCAAGCUAAGCAGACGCCCUCAUGCUGUUGGGCAGAAUAUUGAGGGCUGACUUUGGAGUAGGGAGUAACCAGUGGAGAGAACAUUCCAGAAGGAAAGUGCUGCCUGUUUAAGCAUGAGAGAGCGUGAAGUGUCGCUCUGAGAAGAAGCUGUGGAUUCCAGCUCGGAGCUCUCUUUACAGCCGGUGACGUGAAGAAAGCCACGUUGCGCCACCGCCUGCUCUGUGCACUGUUUGGCAUCGGAUGUGGAAGAGAGUGCUUUGGAGAGCCAUGGUUUGCUGUGGUUCCCGCGCAGCCACAGGCGGGUCUGAGGGGUUGCUGGUGCAAUAAAGCCCGGGAGUCGGUGUAGCGGCAGGGGCAUCAGGUGCCGGGGACAGCAUCGCCCUGUGCAGCCUCACACUGGGUCUCCAGCUUCCGUGUCUUCAGCCUCCGCCAGAACCUUUUACCAAAGUUGUUUCCAUGAGCUCAGGCGAGCUCCCCAGCCCCAGCCUCUUCCUCCUGCUGGUCCACGCAGAUGCCUGGCUCUGCUGUAAGGAGCAUGGGCCUGCUGGGAAGGGAGCCCUGCAGCAGCUCUGACGGCGGCGGAAAGCAGGCAGCGUGGACGUUUACAAGCAAUCCAUGUGCGAUCUCAGUUUUUACACGAUCAGCUCUGCACUUUUAUAGUAUCCCUUUAAUAUUCCUUUAAAAACAUCAUUCCAGAAGUUGACUUGACCAUUUAUAAAACUGAACCAAGGUGAGGAACUGUAAAAGUCCCAUUGGUCCUAAAGCCUAAAUACCCUUAGAUUACUGAGCUUAGAACAGUCUGUCCAAAGACUUUAAAAACAAAAAAAUCUGAUGUUUUAAAGACAGGAGCCAGUCAGGUCCAACACUGUCAGCCCCUCAGCCCUUCCCAUGUGUCUCUGGUGUCUGAGUGUCUAGGGGCUCGAGCGACUUCAUAGUUCAUAUCCUGAUCCCUGUGACAUGUUUGUCUCUCUUCAUUACAAACACAAGUUAGUUGAGAGUAUGUGCUCCCUGUGCUACUGAGGACCGAUGCCUACAUCAUCUCUUAGUAGUCGGCCAGGGCAUGGGCUCUCCCUCUUUCCUUCUCUCUCCUCUCCCUCCCCUUCCUCUUCUCCCUUUC